CGAGGGGGAGCGGUUGGGGCGCGCGCGUGUGGUAGAUACAUUGGCUCCUUCUCGCGAGAGUAGGAGUUUUGGCGAGAGUUUGAGGAAGAUGGCGCCUGUUGUGACAGGGAAAUUUGGUGAGCGACCUCAACCCAAACGGCUCACCAGUUCUGUACCUGAACACUUGUUUGGGGGCAUAAUACACAAUGGCCUAGCUGCUUUUGGGGAAGCUAUGAGGAACUAUUUAAAGGAGCGUGGUGAUCAAACAGUCCUAAUCCUUCAUGCAAAAGUUGCACAGAAAUCUUAUGGAAAUGAAAAGAGGUUUUUCUGCCCCCCUCCUUGUGUCUAUCUUAUGGGUAGUGGGUGGAAGAAAAAAAAAGAACAGAUGGAACGGGAUGGCUGCUCUGAACAAGAGUCUCAACCAUGCGCCUUUAUUGGGAUAGGAAAUAGUGACCAAGAAAUGCAGCAGUUAAAUCUGGAAGGAAAGAACUAUUGCACAGCUAAAACCUUGUACAUAUCUGACUCUGACAAGCGAAAGCACUUCAUGUUAUCAGUAAAAAUGUUUUACGGCAACAGCGAUGAUAUUGGCGUGUUCCUCAGUAAACGAAUCAAAGUAAUCUCCAAACCUUCUAAAAAGAAACAGUCGCUGAAAAAUGCAGAUUUAUGCAUUGCAUCAGGGACAAAAGUGGCACUAUUUAACAGACUUCGGUCACAAACAGUUAGCACGAGAUACUUGCACGUAGAGGGAGGAAAUUUCCAUGCCAGCUCGCAACAGUGGGGAGCAUUUUACAUUCAUCUCUUGGAUGAUGAUGAAUCAGAAGGUGAAGAAUUCACAGUUCGAGAUGGCUACAUUCAUUAUGGCCAGACUGUCAAACUUGUUUGUUCAGUUACUGGCAUGGCACUCCCAAGACUGAUCAUUCGGAAAGUAGACAAACAGACAGCAUUACUAGAUGCAGAUGAUCCAGUGUCACAACUCCAUAAGUGUGCAUUCUACCUUAAGGAUACUGAACGAAUGUACUUGUGCCUUUCCCAAGAGCGAAUUAUCCAGUUUCAAGCCACUCCAUGUCCAAAAGAACCAAAUAAAGAGAUGAUUAAUGAUGGAGCUUCAUGGACAAUCAUUAGCACAGAUAAAGCAGAGUACACAUUUUAUGAGGGAAUGGGACCUGUCCACGCUCCAGUAACACCUGUGCCUGUAGUAGAAAGUCUUCAGUUGAAUGGUGGUGGAGAUGUAGCAAUGCUGGAACUUACUGGGCAGAACUUCACUCCAAAUUUACGUGUCUGGUUCGGGGAUGUGGAAGCUGAAACGAUGUACAGAUGUGCAGAGAGCAUGCUGUGCGUUGUUCCUGAUAUUUCUGCAUUCCGGGAAGGCUGGAGGUGGGUCCGUCAGCCAGUCCAGGUUCCGGUCACGUUGGUCCGCAAUGAUGGCAUAAUCUACUCUACCAGCCUUACAUUUACCUACACACCAGAACCAGGACCCCGACCCCACUGUAGUGCUGCUGGAGCAAUCCUCAGAGCCAACUCAAGUCUCCUGGCAUCCAGCGAAACAAACACAAACAACGAAGGAAGUUACACAAAUGUCAGCACAAACCCAACCAAUGUCACAUCAUCAGCGGCAGCAGUAGUUUCCUAACCACUGCUCUUUAUGUGGGACUUGUAAAGACUAAGUGCUUCAAACAGUGAAACUGGACAACUUUUGUGGUUCCAUGGGAAAAACACCUUUUCACUACUCUUUGAACUUCUAUCACCUACAAGUGCUGAUCUCCAUAGAAGCCACAAUUUAAAAUUUUGGGGAGGAAAGACCCCUUUAUUUUUUUUCAAAAUCUAUUUUUAGUUGUCUUUAAAAAUGGGCACGAAACUAAAAAAUAAAUAAAAGUGGCUGGGAUACAAAUUGAACUAAAAAACAUGGACAUAACAUAGUUUUUAUGGACCAAGGAAUGCUUUAGUAUAAAAGGUACAUUUUCACCAUACCUUUUUGUAUCACAACAUAUAGUAAGCUUUUGUUACCAAAUAGUUUAUAUAUUAUUUUUUUUCCUCUGAGCAUUUGCUCUGAAGUAUAUUCAGGUUCCAAGCCUGACCAUGCUUGUAUAAUCUAAUUACCAUACUCUUCCAGUUUUUAAAAAAAUAUAUAUAUUUUUGGUCUGUGGCUGGAACUGUUGCAUUUUUUUAAACUGAAGUCUUGUGACUUUUUAUGAACUGAAUUUUUUGUUUUUAUUUUCAGCGACUAGAACCUUGUAAAGGCCAGCAUAUUUUUUUUUAAGAUUAUAUGAAGUUUGUGCAAAAGCUUUAAAAAUGCCUCUGCCUUGCCUGCAAUACAUGCAAUGUAUGUUAACUUUAGAGUUCCUCUUUCCAUCAUUGUGGACAGCUCUUUCUAUGUGUUCCUUUUUAUGUAUUUAUAGUGUUGAGUCAUGAGGUUUUUAACAUUACAAAUGUGGCCUCGUGCAGUUAUCCUAACUGCUCACGCUACUGGCAUAUGUUGGCGUUAUAAAGGGUCUUUCCCUUCUUUUCACAGUCAAUACAUGCAUCAGAAAAUAUUUUCAGGAUUUCUUCAGGUUGGCUUUUUUAUUUUUGCUAAUCUUGUACAUAAUUUGCUAUUAAGUAUAAGUUAAAUAUGUGUGUGAUUUUUUUUAAGUGAACUGUUCCCAAUAACUUCAUUUGGCAGCAUGUUUUCUGUCUCGUUGGCAUAUGACAACAUUUUUCUUGACGCAUCGGCCACAAACAGGAUUGAUAGGUGCAUCUCGUCAUGAAUUGGGAGCCAUCACAAACUACCACGGCUAUCCUCAGACAUUAGGCCAACCUAAUGAACUAGUUUUUUGUAUGAUAUUUUUCUUUGAGUGUGAAGUAAUUGUACAGUUAAAUGAUAGUACUUAGAAAUGGCUAAUUGCAAAAGCACUGAUUUGGACUACUCUUCACCCUCUCCUUCUUCAUUGCCAAUCAUCUAGUGCAAUGCUCAUAUCUUUCCCUGAUUGCAUGUUAAUUGAGGGCCAAUUUACACUACUGCUUUCAUCUUUCCAAAGUACUUUUUCAAACCUCCUUGUGGAAAGCUCCAUAGGGGCAUUUGUGAAUGGGUCCAGUACACACUGGCCAGGAUCCUAAAUGCCUGUGAAUACACAAAAUCAACAGUUCUAUGGUGCCACAGAAUUCCUUGGUUUUGCUGCAACAGGCUGACGUGGCUACCAUGAUGGAAAGUGUGCUUGCACAGUAUUUCAGUACCCUCAUGGGGGAGGCAACUGAUACCCUUCCAGCCUACAUAAUCUGUCACAUCAGAUGCCACUGUGGAGCAUGUCCUGACCUCCAGGGGCAACUUUUCUGGGGACCCAAGUUCUAGGAAAGAGGGCAUGAAAAGCCCCAGGCCAUAUGUGGCUUUUUGGAUCUUGGCCAUUGGGUUCCCCUGCCAUUAUGUGCCUGGGAAUCCUAGUGAUUGAGGUUUAUUGGGUGAUCAGGUGGUGCAGAAGCCCAACACAUGCUGGACCUAGUCACAAAACUGCCUGUCCGUUGGUUGAUAUCCAAGCCCCUGCUAAUGGAAGAGCAAAAGUGCUUAAUUUGGGCCUUGAAUUGCACUAGAUGGAUAUUAGUGGUACUUUUAUUCGGAGCUCACUCUAAUCUCCCUCCCCCCUUUUGACAGCUGAUUUGAAACUAUAGGUCUCUGAUUUGUUGCACCCAUAGAAGUACAUGCAGGAUAUACAUGCAGUCCUCCUCCCUCUUAUCUAAUAGAGAUAUAUUGCAUUCUGUGUGAAUUUUCAUUCUUCCAUAAACAAAAGGCAUAGCAUAGUGGCUAAUAUGAACCCACAGCUUCUUGCAGGGAAGCUUUUGAUUACACAAUUAAGCAACAUUAAUGGCUUCAACCUAGUCUGCAGGUUUAAUUAUCAGCACUAUUACUGGAGUAGACUUUUUUCUAUAUGAAGACUUGCAUAAUUAGACUGCAGAUACCAAACAAUUCAGUUAAAUCAGAGACACUGUCUUGAAAUGUGCUUUUAUUCCACCAUGGCCUUCCUGUGUAUUGUCUUUUCAUAACUUUUCCCCAUCAUCAUUGUUGCAUGGCGCUGGUUCUUAAUACAAGCCAAUUACUGCCUCUCCUCAUCUCUUUUUUAGUGACCAAGGGCGGAUUCAUUGUGGCCUUAUCUUGGUUGUUUACUGGCAUUUAUCUGCAAGCCUGGGUACUUUUCUGUUUUUAAUUUUCUCCCUAUGGUAAUGUGGUGGAAAUUGCCUCACAGUGUAUGUUAAAGAUGUAUUGAAUACUACACAGUACUGUCCAACUCAUGGGGCCUUUCACUGAAUACCUUUGGGAUCAAAAAUUGAUAAUAUUCUGGGUUUUCAGUAACAUAAAAACUAAACAUCAUAUACACAAUUAUAAACCAUUACAAGCUUACCGACUUUAACAAAAUAUUGUUGCAAACUUUUCAGACCCCUCAGAUGUAUUUCAGUAUCCCAUGUUGUCAUUUUUUGCAUAUAGCUGCAUCUGAGCCUCCUUAGCCUCUUUGCCAUAUGUUGCCCAAAUGACAUAGAUUCCUUAAGAGAUAUAAAUAUUGAACAUAACAGAUAACAUUGGUGUCUACUUUUUGCCUUUCUCUAUGCUGCAGUAUAGUGACAGAAUGUUGGGAGAGGGGAGAUUUCAGCAAUAUCUUGUAACCUUAGAAUGCUUGGCUUUUGUAUCCUUUUUCUGGACCUAGUGGUUCUAUAACCUUCAGGGGGGAAAUUGGCAACUUGAAAAUAGUUUUCCAGACUAAAUUAGAAAUAGUUUUCAUUGCUCUUUUGGAAUUGUGUUCUGAAUCUCUUUACCUGAUAGAUGGAUGAAACCUUUUUUAUUUUCAUUAAUGGAUUUGGCUGUUCAGCUUCUAUAACAGAAGCCCAAAUAAUCUAAAUUUGCCUGCUAAUACAGCAGCCCCAGUUAUUUUGUGAAGUACUUCUGGAAAAAAAAUGAAGCUGUGGUCCACAAAUUGCUUGCUUCUGGAAUAUACAGUAGGGCCCGGUUACCGGCGCUUCGCUUCCCAGCAUUCCGCUAAUGCAGCGGCCUUCAUUCCCCAUUUAAAGCUGCUUUUGCCGCUUUUGUGGCAUUUUUGCGCGAUGCGCCCCAUUAUACUCAAUGGGGUUCCACUUUAUGGCAAUUUCCGCUUUACGGCGGGGGUCCAGAACGGAACCUGCCAUAUAAGCGGGGCCCGCCUGUACUUACUGGCCUAAAUGGGGCUACCUCAGAAUAACCAGUCAGAAUUACAGCAUAACUUCCCUCAUAAUUAUAGCCAGAAGAUAUCGUAAGAGUGUUCUGUCACAACCCUUGAACCUUGUUUAGGGCCACGUUACUCAAUAAAGAGAAUAAAGUUUUUCCUAGACCAUACUAUUACAGUUUGAAGGGACCAUUUGACUUUUAAACACCUUUAGGUUCAUGAAACAUUUGCAUGUCUAGGCAAAGAGUUCAUUCUAGCCUCCUCCUCCUGAUCAUGCUAGAGCUCUACAUGCAAGGAGUUUUUCCUCCUUUCAGCAGCACUAAUGCAUUCAAUGCCUCCCUCGUGUAGUGGUCACAUUCUAGGAACAACUUUUACUAGUUGAUUUUGUAACUUAUCCUUGCAUCAUUGGGGAGGAUAGAUCAAACUUUGAGUUGGUACAGACCACUUUUUAAUUGCUUUCCUAAUAAUAUGAGAGAGCAAAUAGUAUGUUCUGUUGUGUUUAGAAACGGUGGUUCAAAGCUGAGUACUAUUACAUUUUAGGUCAUUGUUAAAUUUUGCACUUCAUAUUUUCUACAGGUCAGAGUCUCAUGGAAUUAUACAAGUUGUCUGGAAAUAUCACAAUAAGUCUCUUAAGUAGAUGUGUUUAAUGCACCUCUGACACUAGUGCGACCCGUUUCAGACCAAAUGGCUUCAUAGUGGCUUCCAUUCUGAAACAACAUGCUUACUUCAGUUAUUAAUCAUGCCAUUUAUUUUUCUUUCAGAAGCUGUUAUAUGAGUAUAGAAUGUCUGUACUUUCCUGUGCCAGAUGUUUUAAUUUGUUUUCAAACACUGUAAAUGUGGGAUUGAGUGGCAGCUUUGUGUUAGAAACAAAAUUAGGGUUUCUGUCUAACCAUUUUGGGACUGAAGUAUUUUUCUCUUGGUUGAAACUGCAAUACUGAGUAGCUAUUCCAGCAUUGUGAAUGUGUAUUUUUUCUAUGUUCAGUUGUUUUGGGGGGCUUUAUAUUAUAUUCACCUUGUAUUGUUUUGUGCUUCUGGAGGUGAAGCCUCACCACAACCAGCACAUGCAGCAGCCUGGAAAGAGUGUGAUUUGGUUACUGCUCAGUCCUACGCAUGUUUAUUUGGAAGUCAUUCUCAUUGAAUUCAAUGGAGUUUACUCUCACUGUGCAUAGAAUUGUGACAUUUGGCCUCCUUGUGUACCCCUCCUCGGUCAAAACCACUCAGGCAAUGCAGGGGUGUGUGGGUGCAGGCUAGCUCAACUUCCUACUGAAACAGAUAGCCGCCCCACACGCUCCAUGUACAAAAUCCCUUCAUCCAUUGGCUGAAUGCAUAGAUUCAUGCAUUACUGGUGGGAAAUGGAAUUAGCCUAUGUAGCCCCACAACACCCCUCAUGGUCUUUCUCAUAUUCUUUCAACGUGUGUGUGAUGUCUGAACUUCUCUGGUCCUUGGUUGUGGCUAGAUUUGCUAAGAAGCCAUUUGUUCUGGCAGCAAUCUCUUAAAGCUGGCUGCUGUCAGAAUAAAUAACAAACAGCUUUUUUGCUUUGUUUGCAUGGCUUAUGGCCAGUUGGAUCAAUACUGGAGAAGAGCAUAGUGGAAGCUUCUCUUCCCCCCCCCUCGUGGUGAGGAGUUGGGCAACCAGGGUGCAGCAGCAGCAGCAGUCUUAAAAGUAAAACAAUUUGAGCUGCACAUAUAUAUGGUAGUAAGCCCCAUGAAAUUACUUCUGAGUAAACGUGCCUAUGAUUGGGCUAAUUGGGGGAGGGAUGAAUUUACCAGACAAAACGUUGGCUGCCAACCUCUAGUGAUUAUGUGUAUCUUGGAUCUGUAUAUAUCUACAUGCUUAUUCAAAAGAGUUUUAUUUUACAAACUGUGCACCUGUAAAGUUUCUUAGCAAUAAGAUAGAAGACUCAGCAAGUCUUUGUUACACUUUUGUAGGAAAAUCAAUCUGCUCAGUUUUAUAAUUCAUCAAAAAACAAACAUUAAAGCCUGCAAUAUGAGCAGUUUCCAGGAAUAAAUAAAAGUGAAAUGUAAGCCACAUUAAGUGUGUUCCAUGUACAGUGUGUAAUUAGUGCAUUCAAUAUUUGAUUUAAAAACUUCACUGAACUUUGUCAAGAUUAAAUUAAAUGUUCUGUUACUCUU